CACAGGGGCUUGCGCAGAGUUUUUUUUUCCUCCACACUUUUUGUAAACAAUAUGGCGACUGAGCCUCUGCUGCUGCUGAGAGCUGGAACUCUGCGCCCCUUAAAUCUGUAGCUUUUCACUGCAGCGCACCUCUUUCUGUCAGACCGCAAAAAAAAUUAUAUAUAUAUCAUCGUGUUGACCGAGCCGUGACAGAGCUGGACCGACGAGCUGUCAGCAAGAACGUUUGACAGUCGAACACAUUCUGAGUCAAACUCUGGAUUAUGCAAUUCAUGGAAAAAGGAUAAAACUGUGGCUCUCUUCAGUCUAUGGGCUCUCAGUCCAGUUCUGGGAUGUCUGGUGGAAGGGGCAGCCCAGCUGAGCAAUCUGAUCCAACAGAAACAAACCAGAUAAGCAGCGGCCAAGACCGCAGGACGGCUGAGAGGCAGCAAGGAGAGAGACAGUCUGCAUCAGAGGACGACAUCGACUUAGCUGAAGUGCUGGCGUACCUACUAAGAAGAGGCCAGGUCAGACUGGUCCAUGGCAGUGGAGCCACAGGGCUGCAGCUGGUCCAGUCAAACUCUGACUCUGACGACGACAGCGAUGGCGCCUUGGAGGGUCGUCUGGGUGACCGAUAUAAUCCCCCAGUGGACACUCAGCCUGACACGCAUGAUGUGGACCACAGUGAGAUUCGAACUCAGAUCCUACUGGCCACUGCUUCUGCUGCCCUGAAAGGCCGACAGAGUUUCACACAAAUGCUAAGAGAGAGGGAACAAGGCAGAUGUAGAGGCUCCAGUUUUUCUCAUGGAGAGUGUAGUCGUAUUCGCACACAUUUCCUGCCAAACUAUGUGUCUCACAAGGAAACGUACCAGCAGAAAGCCUUCUGUGGAGUAUACAGUGAGGACGGUAACAUAUUCCUCUCGGCCUGCCAAGACCAGAACAUCCGCUUAUACAACACCACCAGGGGGCACUUUAACCUACGACAAACAGUGAAGGCUCGCGAUGUGGGCUGGAGUGUCCUGGAUGUCUGCUUCACCCCUGAUGCAAACUUUUUGUUGUACUCCAGCUGGUCUAACUAUAUUCAUUUGUGCAGUGUAGAUGGAGACGAUGAAAAACACACGGCCCUGGACCUCAAUCCAGAUGAGAGGAGGUUCUGUGUGUUUUCUCUGGCUGCCUCCACAGAUGGCAAAGAGAUUCUUGGAGGAGCAAAUGAUGGCUGCCUCUACGUGUUUGAUCUGGAGCAGAAUAAAAGAACGUUGAAGAUUGAUGCCCAUGAGGAUGAUGUGAAUGCGGUGGCGUUUGCUGACGGGUCGUCCCAGCUGCUCUUUUCCGGCAGUGACGAUGCAUUAUGCAAGGUGUGGGACAGACGGACACUGCGGGAGGACAGGCCGCAGCCUGUAGGACAGCUGGCCGGACACAGAGACGGCAUCACUUUCAUCCACAGCAAGGGUGAUGCCCGCUAUUUGAUUAGCAAUUCGAAGGAUCAGUCCAUCAAGCUGUGGGAUAUCAGGAAGUUCUCACCCAAGGAAGGGUUGGCGGCUUCUCGCCUCGCUGUCACGCAACAAAACUGGGAUUACCGCUGGCAGCAGGUUCCUCAGAGAGCAUUGAAGAGACACAAACUGGCAGGCGACACGUCAGUGAUGACGUACCGUGGUCAUGGUGUUCUGCACACGCUCAUCCGCUGCCGUUUCUCUCCAGAAUUCAGCACUGGGCAGAGGUUCAUCUACUCUGGCUGCUCCACUGGCAAAAUCAUCAUUUAUGAUGUAUUGACAGGAAGUGUGAUAUCCAAGCUGUCAGGCCACGACGCGUGCGUGAGGGAUGUCAGUUGGCAUCCCUACGAGGAUAACAUCAUCAGCAGCUCCUGGGACGGAGCGAUUCGAAUGUGGGAGCACAGACAAACCCAUCCUCUGGAGGAGGAGAGAGACAGAGGGAGAGAGAGCGACAGCUGGGCUUCAGCAAGAGAUGUGAGAUCAGCAGAGGAGAAGAAUGAAUAAGGAAAAGAUGUCAGACGUGUGACAUCACCACGGACAAGGCGAGGCUGGUACCAAGGAGACGAUAACCUCACAAGGACUCUGAGAGACUUGUGUAUCUUUUAAAUACAAUGCUGGAUAUUAAUAAGAACAUUGAUAGUGUGGCUGUGAAGUGUUAAUUUGGAAGCACUAGUUGUUAACUGUCAGUAGUCCAGAUUAAGGUGGACUGGGAUGUUAUUUUUUUCUUUCUUUCUUUUCCUGUCUCACUGUUAAAAGGUUUUUACUUUGGCCUGGAUCACUGAAAGAAAAAUGUGCUAAAGUUCAAGAUAUGACAUGAGUUUAAUACUUGUACUAUUGAAAAUUGAUGUUAAAUUGGUUGAGUAAAUAUCAGUGUUGGACAUUGCAGGGAGGCAGGGACAGUGCUAAUUCUGUAUAAAUGUAUAGUAUUUUAAUGAUAAGAGCAUUCAGGGAGUGCAUUCAGAUAGUUGCCAGUGUUCUGAUUUGGCUUAACUGUUUUGAUCAAAACAAGCUGUGUCCUGGCAGGAGCUGUCGCCUUCAAAGACUGAAUACAUAAUAAAGCGCUCAUGCAGCUGUCCAUUUUUAACAAAAUGUGGCCUUCUAUCAAAGAGCAUUUGCAGAGUGCAAUAGCCUGAAAUGCAGCAUAUGUUGGUUCCUUUUAAAGAGGAGGUCAAAGAGUUAUUUAAUUGUAACAUCUGUAAAGAUAUUUGGCCCCAUUUUCAACCUGGCACAAAGAAGCAUGCAACACAAGCAUUAAGGAGGUUCUGGUUUUCUUCAUGCACAGCGCCCACGUUGUGGAAAUCACAAGUAGAUUUGCACUUAGCUGUGCUCCCACAGGUGUGUUGAUCUUAAAAUGAGGUGUGUCAGUAUCAUGUGCCAGCAGAAUGCAACUGCACCUUAGACCAGCAAACACCUAGUCUGAAAUCAAGUGUAGUGCAUUUAUAGUAUUAAUGGGUGCAGUACUCAGAUAUACCGUACAUAAGCGGGUUUGUGAAGCCCAAACACCCUGCUUUCACACACACUAAAACUUAAUUGAAAAUAACCGUUAAACAGAAUAAAAGUAAUAACUAAUUGUGAAAAUACAAAACUGGCAUAACUGUUUGUACUAGAUUUUUACACCACAUUAUUUGCUCCAUGCAGCUAGCUGGGCUGGUCUGGAGUUUGAGUGCAGACGGGGGGGCGGCAACAUUCAGUUUUCACAGGCUGGCUGGAUCUGGAUUAUAAACAUGGGUGACACAAAAAUGUAGUUUGCUGAUAGUACAUCAAGAAGCGUAAUAACCCAUGCUACAACACACACAAACAAAAUACAUUGCAAAAAGUCACCACACAAGUCAGCUUGAACAGGAAAAGUGCAUGAUGGCACAGUUCUACUUAGUCAGUGUGAACAGUUUUUAACUUAUCUUAAAAAGCACUGCAUGUGACAGGUCUCAGUGCUUCCAUUUAUUCAGGAAUUUGUGAGCGAGAACCAGGCUGAAACACCUGCACCUUACAUGCAUGGCACAGGCACAGUGGUCUGUGAACAAUCUUCACACAUCAAGGAUUAACAGGUGUUAAUGCACCUGUUGUAGCAGUCACUACAUUCCAGUGUGAGGCCCCUUUUGCCUGCUGAUUCAGCACACGCACUUUGAGCCUGCUCAGUCUUGUCCACGCCAGAAAACAUCUCACUUUUGAAUGUCUCCUCCUAAUUGCCCCACACAGUCACAUGACACACUUUUGUCCUAAAGGUUAUGGAGGAUGACACUCUGGCUGGUUUUAUGGUAUGACCACAACACACGUAUGACUAAUUAGGUGGCUUUGUCCAACCCCUCGUCAUCCAGCGCACCAGUCUGCUCUGAUUUAUGCACCGCAUAAAUAAUAAAGUAUGGUCAAACAUACCCAGAAUGGAUGUGUGUGACUUAUGGAUCAUGUGGAAUAGAUUGUCAAGAUAGGGCCCUCUCAAUAGUUGUGUUCUAUAAAGUUAAGGACAAAACAGCUGCAAGGUGCAAACAGAAGAAGGGUUAAACUCGAGUGUUUAUCUGAAUAGCGUGGACAACACAAAUGUCACACCUCAGAAACUCGGGUGUCAUGAAGGUUUAUUGCCGCUACAUCCACCACGCCAUAUCGUGUAAAUUAACUUGCAGGAAAAAACUAAAACCUGACCUAAACAAAAAGACUUCAUUCUGUGACAAUGCAGUGAUGUCAACUUUAGGCCUUCUUGCUCAAGAAGGAAGGUGUUCAGUCCAAAGAGUAGACCUUUGUCACAUACAUCUGCAUCUACAAAUCUGACUUUUUUAUGCUUACAAUUCAAAUGUGGGGGCACGAGCUUCAAGCUAAUGGAAAAAAAAAACAUGCACUUUGCCAAUGUAAGGCUGUAUCCUUUUGAAAAGAUUUGAAUGUGUGAGACAAUGUUUAACCUGGGAAAGUGUGUGUGUGUGUGGGGGGGGGGGAUCAAAGUUACACACUUGUCUGUAUAUGCAAUUUUUGAAUGUUUCUAUCAAAGCCCACAUUUCACUCUGUUUUACAGUAACAAUAAAGCCUUUCUUGAA